UUUGAACAGUGCCUGUCCCCAUGAUGUCUCCAACAUCACCUUGUAGACUCACAUGCAUGUGGCCAAAGGACCAACUUAAUGUUUUCUAAAGGGCACAGAGAACUAUAUAGUGGGUGCCUUUCCUCUUUCGUGUCUGUCUUGGUCAUUUUGGCAGUUCCAGCCGAAAGGAGCAGUGGCCCAUUUUAUUACUUAAUUUCCCUAUAUUGUUGGCAGGUGACAUUUGUUAACUUCCCAAAAUACAUUCAAAACAGUCCUUUUGUUGCAAAAUGGGCUAAAAGAGGCAAAAUCUGUUUGACUUUUCAAGAUAUUUGGAGUUCUUACAACAUGGCAGACAUUGACAACAAAGAACAGUCUGAACUUGAUCAAGAUUUGGAUGAUGUUGAAGAAGUAGAAGAAGAAGAAACUGGUGAAGAAACAAAAAUCAAAGCGCGUCAGCUGACUGUUCAGAUGAUGCAAAAUCCUCAGAUUCUUGCAGCCCUUCAAGAAAGACUUGAUGGUCUGGUAGAAACACCAACAGGAUACAUUGAAAGCUUGCCUAGGGUAGUUAAAAGACGAGUGAAUGCUCUCAAAAAUCUUCAAGUUAAAUGUGCACAAAUAGAGGCCAAAUUCUAUGAGGAAGUUCAUGAUCUUGAAAGAAAGUAUGCUGUUCUUUAUCAGCCUCUAUUUGAUAAGCGAUUUGAGAUCAUUAAUGCAAUUUAUGAACCUACGGAAGAAGAAUGUGAAUGGAAACCAGAUGAGGAAGAUGAAAUUUCGGAGAUGAAAGAAAAGGCCAAGCUCGAAGAUGAGAAAAAAGAUGAAGAAAAAGAAGACCCCAAGGGAAUUCCUGAAUUUUGGUUGACUGUUUUUAAGAAUGUUGACUUGCUCAGUGAUAUGGUUCAGGAACAUGAUGAACCUAUUCUGAAGCACUUGAAAGAUAUUAAAGUGAAGUUCUCAGAUGCUGGCCAGCCUAUGAGUUUUGUAUUAGAAUUUCACUUUGAACCCAAUGAAUAUUUCACAAAUGAAGUAUUAACGAAGACAUACCGGAUGAGGUCAGAACCAGAUGAUUCUGACCCCUUUUCUUUUGAUGGACCAGAAAUUAUGGGUUGUACAGGGUGCCAGAUAGAUUGGAAAAAAGGAAAGAAUGUCACUUUGAAAACCAUUAAGAAGAAACAGAAACACAAGGGUCGCGGGACAGUUCGUACAGUGACCAAAACAGUUUCCAAUGAUUCUUUCUUUAAUUUUUUUGCCCCUCCUGAAGUUCCUGAGAGUGGAGAUCUGGAUGAUGAUGCUGAAGCUAUCCUUGCUGCAGACUUUGAAAUUGGUCACUUUUUACGUGAGCGUAUAAUCCCAAGAUCAGUGUUAUACUUUACUGGAGAAGCUAUUGAAGAUGAUGAUGAUGAUUAUGAUGAAGAAGGUGAAGAAGCGGAUGAGGAAGGGGAAGAGGAAGGAGAUGAGGAAAAUGAUCCAGACUAUGACUCAAAGAAGGAUCAAAACCCAGCAGAGUGCAAGCAGCAGUGAAGCAGGAUGUGUGUGACCUUGAGGAUAACCUGCACUGUAAUAGCCUAAACACAACUAUUAUUUACUUACAGCCUUAUGUUUUUGUAUUGGUAGACUCAGUCCUUUUUUUUUUUUAUUAUUUUUUUUUAAAGAAAGGAACGGACAUUUGAAGACCAAUUUGUUCUACUUAGCAUUUUAACUAUAGUUCUUCUGCCAGAUAUGUUGAAGGCACAAAUUCUCUCACGCAUGUUCAUUCAUUGCUACAUAGUUUGGUUCUUCUGGAGUAUUUCUAUCAUGUAGCUCUUAGAUUACAGUUACAGAAGUGAACAAAAUUGUUAAACAGAUUUUUGCUUUACUGAUUUUUUUCCUGAAGAACCAAAGUUUUUUUUCAGCUGGUAGUUGAAUGGAUUUAAGUUUGCUUGCAUUAGCUGUGCCUUUCAUUAUUUUGUUAUAGAAAUCUGUGACUUAUAAGACUAUUUGUAAUUAAAGGAGAAAACUUGGCCAAGAGAAGUAAUAUGGUUAAGAAUUUCCAGUAAGACCAUACCCAAUAACUUAGAUUGUUACUGGUUUUUGUGUUUUAGGUAGUAUGUUUAACUGCAAGAAACCUAACUUAUUGUUUUGUUAUUGGUUACCACAGGGAGGUGAAUAAAACAUAGUAUUUUCAGAAGUUAACCUCAUUAUUUUAAGUGUACUUUAAAUUUAACCUCCAUUAACUAAGCAUCUUUUCUUUGUGGUAGGGUCUUCCUUCUGCUUCCCUGGAAAGGAUGAAUUUUCAGCUUUUGACAAGCCCAUUUCAAGUUUUUGUUGUUGUUUGUGUGUUUGCUUGUUUGUUUUUUGCAGCCUAAAAUAAAAAUGUCAAAUAUAAUUUUAGUUCUCAUCAGAUAAUGUCUUAAUUUUGUACUAAUUCAGGUAGAAGCAGAACCUUGCUUGAAUUAACUUUGUACCCAGUUUACCAUAUUAUUGAAGAAAUGGGUGCCAUUAAGAGGUUUAACACCCAAAGAAAGUAUAUUAAAAAAAAAAAAAAAGACAAAACCUUAAAUCAUACAGUGUUUUAUUACGAGAAAGGUUAAUUUUUUUGUUUGUUUUUUUUUUUUUUUUUUUUUUUUUUUUGUUAGAACCAGACAGAAGGCACCAAACCUCUAUGGUUAAAUCCAAUUCUCAUUGCUUAAAGUAUGAGUAUGUCAUUUACCCAUGCUUCUAUUUACUUUGUAUUAAAAUGGGUAGUACUGUUUACUUAAACUACCUCACAGAUAUGUUAAGACAUAUUAAGUUAAAUUUUUCAUUAAAAGCUCAAAAAAUUUGACCUAUUUGUGUCACAAGUUUGAUAAUUCAGAAUUUUAUUCGUACCAGGAUUUGAUAAAUUAAACGGAAAAACAAAGGUUAAGUACCUCUAUUCUGGAUAUGGCUAGGCAACACUUGCCGAGAUUGUGUGGCUCCUACUUUAAUAGAAGUAGAUAAAUGAGCAACUGUUUCAGAAGGUCCAGUGAUUGUUUUCAUAUACUGUAGCUACAGCCAUAUUGUAGUAAAUACUGCAAAGAUCAUGGGACUAAAUAAGAUAAUUUUUUGGAAGAAAAAUUUGCCAUUUAAAUUUGAGACUGUAGAGUCAUAUUUAAAAUACCUCAGGCUAAUUACUGUUAAUUUUUUGUGAUAAACUUAAAAAUUUUGACAGUGAGGGUACAGUAACUAGAUUGUAAUUACAGGACAGUCUAGAGUUCUACUAAUAAAAUUACAUUGGGUUCAUUUUUAGAGGUAAGAGUUUCCUUUUUGAAAAUCUAGUCUUGGAAUGUGAAUGCGUUUUUGUUCAUUGUAUAGCACUGUCCCGUUUCUCCCAAGAUUUUUAACUACUGGAAAUCCUUAACCAACCAAUAGUUUGUAGGGGGGAAAAAAUGCCAUGAAAACACCAUAUGUUUUUCCUUUUUUAUUUGUCAAAAUGAUUUUGGUUGUUUUUAGUUAGACAUCUUACGCUGACUUUGUUUUGGUACCCAUAACUCAUCCGAACACAGCUUUUUCUGAACUUCCAAAUUUUUAAUCUAAAGAUAGAAUCCCAUUUUUAAUGAGAAAGAAGUAGCAAAACCAUAACUUUCCCCCCAUUUCUUUAGGAAAUAGCUAUUGCCAAAGUGAAGGGGUAGAUACUAUUUUGUUUUGUUAUACAUGUGGGGGAUUUGGUUUGCAGAGGAGUUGUUUUCUUAAUAAAGUUGGCGUUCCAAAGGAUAUCAGUGUUCAUAUAUGCCAUUUCUCCAGUUCCAAAAUGGUUCUAUUCCAUUUUAGAAAUUUGAAAUAUGUAACUUGAAAUCCUUAAUAAAAUUUGCAUUUAAUUUUAUAAAAACGUACUGGUGAUAUUUUGGGGUUUUUUGUUUUUGUUUUUUAAUGAGCAUAUAAGUACUUUUUUGUGGGGAAGAACAGGUGUUUAGAAAUAGGAUAUUCUGUGCUUGGGCCAGUACAGCAUGUAAAUUUGUAUAAUUUUAAGGGCAAACUCUUAAAUCCUUUUUUAUAAGUAGGAAAACUGGGAUGAAAAGGAAUUCUUGAGUUCCUACAGAUUGUUCUCAGUUAACUUAACAGACAUUAUUGAGACAUUUCAGAUUUUGUCUUUACAAUCUCAGAUUAUAAAUUGCUGCAGCCCAAGUAGUUUUCCCUUUAGAAAUGGUAAAAUUCCAUAAAAUCACCUGUAAAUUAAUACUUUGAUCAAGCAAAAUUAUGUCAUUUUAUGGUCACUUAAGUAUGGCAAACAACAGCUAUAUAAACUAGUUUUAACAUGGAUGUCUGAAAGUUUAAUAUCUGAAUUCUUUUAGUUAGUAUUUCUGUGACAUGAAAAUACUUCAGUUGUGUGGAAUUGACUAAAAUGGGAUUCUACCUCUUUCCUUUUUAGAUCGUUUAGUAACCAGUAAAUCUGGAGACGUUAGCUUCAAAAGAAAUAUUUUUAUUCUGUGAAUAGGUUAAUGAUAUUGAUUGGUGUAUGAUAAGGGCCCUUAAGAUAACACUGUUUAUGUUCACUGCUGCUUGUAAUACAGUAGUAUGAGUUUGUGAGUUUAUCUGAGUUGUAGGCCCAUUCUCAUUUUAAAAAUGAUAAUUCGCAUUAGUGUUUGUGAAAACCUUAUAGCACCGUGCAGAUAUACUAACCUAUUUAAUAUUCAAAUAUUCUUUGAACGCUUGGUUUAGAAUCUGAGUCCAUUUUUUAUUGGUUAGUCUUAUAAAAAUCUUAGCCUUUAUAUUUUUGACUAUUUAAAUCAAGCAAAAUGUAUUUUAAAUGUACAGAAUAAAUGGAUAGCUUAGAAGCAUAUAAAUGUUCUAUCUCCAUAGUUUAUUUAGGAAAGAAAUCAUGCUAAUUCAGUUUUUUCUUUUAAUCUCCACUGUAUAUAUAGUUGGUAAUUGUGAACUGGAUUUUAUUUUGAAAAUAAGUGUUCUUAAUUUAGAUAAUUUGCUACUUUAAAGCACUAAAUCUAAUAGCUGAAAAGUAUAUGUAAAUGAUGGUGGAAUUAACUGAGAUUAACUUAUAGAUGUAUACUGGUGGUUUUUGUAUACUGGUUUAAAAAUCCAGAUAUUAAACUAUAACCUGCUUAAAAGCCAAGUUCUUGGACUGAUGAAGGCUCAUCUAUAUGACUUCAGAGAAACGUCUCGCUGGAAUGUGAAAUUAUUUUAAGGGUUGAGUAUUUAAGAGAAAUUUUAAUUGAUUUGUUCUGUUACUAUUUUUUUAAAGUAUUUUAUUUGACAUCACUACUUUUGAAUUUUUCAUUAAAAAUUGAUAUAUUGACCAUUCUUAGGUAUAAAAUGAGAAAUAGAGCCUAAAAAUUUAGAAAUAUAAAUUGCUACCCAGAAGUAAGUUGUCCACAUACUAAGUUUUCAUGUUGAAAAUUGAGAGUAGCUUUUGUAGAUAACUUCUCUGUUUUGGAUUUUAUUAUUUUGAAACUCAAUUUUGCUUUAAAUAAAGACAGUACUUUUAGUUUUUCAUGUAUCUUAGCCAUAAAAUAGGAAGAAGGAAUUUGGGGGAUAAGAGAGCAAAAAGACAAGUAUCAGCAUUUGACAGAUACAGUAACAAGAGUAAAGUGAUAGUAUUCAUAAUUUUAUUCAUGAUGAAAUUAGGCAGUUGUGACUCUAAUAAACUCAUAGAUGGUAGAAGAGUUUUUGCCAUAAUGCGCCGAAGUUGUUGGAAAGGUCUUAGUUGGGAUUUCAGGGAUGACUAGGAAUUGUGAAGUGAGGGAUGGGAGUAGAAAGCAGUUCAGAUGAAGGUGCUGAAUGAAAUAGGACAACUUGGCACAACAUGAUUAUAGAAUGACUUAAAAAGCAUUUGAAGACAUUGUAAACCACCUAUUUAUAGGAUACCUCAAGUGAGGGUGACCUCUCAAUGAAGAUAAUUUUCAAACUAAGGAUAGACAAAGCCAUUUGAAAAUAAGACCACUUGAGGUAGUGGUCUCAGGGCUAGUUAGAAAUUAGGUAAAGUAUUUUAGCUUUAUCAAAAUAAGGGGUGAAUUUUUAAAAUAAUGAGUUCAAAGUUACAUGUAAUGAAUCCUUUAAAAGUCAGAUUAUUUUUUUUCCCACAGUGAUCCUUUAUCCAUACUGCCACUUUUCUCUGAAAGUAUAAUAGUUGAAAGAAUUCUACGUUGCAUACUCAAAUCACGAUUUAUAUUUUGCUAGUAGCUCUGUAUUUUCAUGUGUAUACACAUUCCUUGUAAACUGACAUUUGCAGAUAGUGUUCUGUUUAAAUGCCUACACACACACACACACAGCAACUCCCCUUGCUGUUUUUCCACUAUGAAGACAUUCUUACAGGAUCACAAUACAGUUAAAUCUAAACCAUGAAAUCUCAACCCAUUUAAUGAUUAAGUCACCCUGGAUUUGACCAGAGUUUCCCUUUUCAAGCUGGUUUCUAUGUACUUUUGUUGUGUCUUGACUUAUUUGAGCUCUUAUAUAACCUGUAGCUCAAACAUUUUCUCGUCUCAGACUUUCUUCUUUUGAUCCCAAUACUGAAAUUGGCUUUUUAAGGAUUCCUUUAGAUAGGGAAUGGUAUUUAGAAACCAAGUGCAGGGUGUUCCUGGGAUAUAACCUUGUUUCAAAUCUUUUCAGGUGACACAAUUGGGAGGUACAUUGAAAACAUUACCUAGAGGUGGAUGCAACACAAUAUGAUUUUUCUUAGCCUUACCCCACUUUUGUGUUGUAACUCUAUAAAGUAGGUGGAGUUUGAUCUAACUUGGAAUUGUAGAUGGGGUUGCGCUUGAAGGAACAAACCAUGAAUGAAAAUGGAAAAGAUAAAAUUUUAAUGAAUGUGAGAAAGUAGUCCACAUUAUCAGGUAGCAUAAUGGUAAAACCAUAGUUUUCCUUGUUUUGAUGUCUAGCUUAAUAAGAACACAGUUCCUGAGAUACUUUGAGAUUAUUUGAUAGAAAUGUGUCUUGUAAACAUGAGAACCUAGAAUUUGUGGUUGGGGUCAACUGAAAUGAUUUUGGUGGUUUCAGAGCUCUAGGCAGAGUUUUGUUUUUGUUUCUAAAGCAUAACUCCUGGUAAAGACGUGUUAGGAACAUCAUUACUGGUAAACAAAGUCUGUGGACCCCUAUCUCAAAAGUUUGUGGUGUGCACUUGGCUAAAAUCAAACUAGAUUUCAUAAAAUGAUUGUUUCCAUUUGCUGAUUUACUUACUACUUUCGUCUUUGGCUGAAUCUGUGAUCUGGGCUAAAAAAGUGUAAUUGUAUUUAGAUGUCCCAUGUUUCAAAAAACCCAGGUUGUCAUUAUUUAGUCAGUCCUCUUCAGCCCUAAUAGUUACCUGGAGCCCUGGACAUUGGAAUGGACAGUCCUGGGGGUGGAUAAUGAGAGAUGGUGUCUGUCUUGAGAACACAUGAUUUUAAAUUUGGAUUUGGCCACUCUAUGUAUCAAAACUUAAGGCUGGAUUUCUUGUUUUUGCUGUUCUGUUGACUUGGUGAAUGGACCUAAAACCUUUAGAUUAACUUGGACAUCAACAUCCCAGCUUAUCCAACCUGCAUUUGUACCUGCACAAUGUUUCAGCGUGGCUCAACUAGGCUGUUUUUACUCCCUGCCAUCUGGACUUUGUGUGUAUAUCAUAAUACUUCAACAUAGGAUUCAUUUCUGUUAAAUGAAUAUCUACUCCUUUUGCAAAUACACUUCACUUCUGAACUGGGUUUACCAGUUCAAAUACUCAAGGGAUUUUUGCUCACUAUUGGAUUUCCUAAGUUUUAGUACUGACUGGGUCUGGAAGAUGAAGUAUUAAGCAAAUUUUUGCAUGCAUAGCUCAAUUAGUUUGAGCACUUCCUAGUGUAUUACCUAUGCAUAAUACUGUAUAGGAACAUGUAGAAAGGUAAGUGAUUUCUAUGUGAAGAUAAUUCAAGGUCCCUUGUAGUUACAUUCAUACAUCCUGAGUCACAGUGAAAAAAACCAAUAAAUACUGGAUUGUGCACGGUGUAAAUUCAAUGGGAGUAUGAGAAUAUGGGGAAUAUCAAUAGUUAACUCAUUGCAUACAAAACUAACAAAUGAUUUUGCUGGCUCUUAGAGGAUAAUUCUUUUCUCCUGUACUGAGCAUCAGCACGGUCAGCCUUUAAGAUGAGGGAUAGGAAUCAUCUGAAGGCUCUUAGGCGCAGAUGUUUGGUUCUGGAUGAGACCUCAGCUGGGUUGUAGUCAGAAUUAUUUGACAUACCUAAUUGCAAUGGUGGCCGAGUUCCAAGAGCUUGUCAAGCAGUUGUAUCCUUUUUGUGACCUACCCUGAGAAAUUACUGUAUUGACUAGCACUAGUCAGAAAACCCCAAGUUUAACGGCAGUGGACUAUAUCCCAAUUUUGAAAGAGUGGAACUAGGAUAUUGUAGUGGCUACAAGUUACCUUUUUUAUUUAUUUAUUUAUUUUUGUGAUACAGUUAGCUACAGUGGUCUUCCAAAAUGACCAGAAGUACCAGGAAAGGUUAAAUUAAAUGCCUGUUGGAGAAAUAAUGACUACCAUAUUGGAAUCUUACUUGGAGAUACUUGGACAAUUGAGAUUCCUAGAUGUGUGGGUAAUUAGUUCACUUCUGAAAAAAAAAAAAAAGUCAAGUUUGGCAAAGUUUAUAAGCCGACCACAAAGUAUAGUUUACUUUAACGGUUACAGUGAAUUCAGAGGGAAAAAAAUCUACACAGUAAAUCUUAUGUAAGACCAAAGAUGUCUGUUUAAGAUAAUGGAAGUUUAAGAUCUUACACUUAUCCCCCCUUUUCAUAUAACAAUGGAAGUUAGGUAUGUUUACUAUCAAGGAUACAUCAUUGAUUUGUGAUGAAACUGGUAUUUGAUGUCAGUUUCUUUGGCCUCUGCCUCUACUCCUACCUCCUCUGAGAGACCUGCGUUGGCUUCCUUGCCGAUAACCUUGUGCACACAUCUGAUGAUCGGUGAAAUAACUUUAAGCUGGAAAUUAAAGAAUAUUAGAGGCCAGUGUUAAUGUGGACUUACUUUGAAAUAGCCAUUCAGGCAUUCAUAACCUCACGAAGUUUGCAUCUGCAUUGACUGACAAGCUAAAUAGUAUGUGGCUUAAAUAGUCUUUUUCUUUGUUUAAGUGUAGACUCUGGGACUGGUGUGGGAACAACAGUGGGGGUGUAGGCCAGAGGUGGGGGGAAGGUGAGAGGAUUCACCAAAGACAGUGGGGAGCAAAAGGAUCAACUGAAACACUGCUGAAGGGAGCAGUGGGCAAGACAGCAGAGGUCUGUACCAUGUGGGUUAGCUCCCUGGCCAGGGAUCAAACUCUGUAGUGGCUGCAGAUAGCUUCAUAGUGCUGAGACUUAACCCCUUCCACCACCAGGCAGGCCAGACACUGCUUCAAUUUUUAAAGUUGUAUUAGUGUCUUAAAUGCGUGCUGCACCUCUGUCAUGUCCAGGUUCAAGGUUGCACCUGAGGCUGAAGCAGGUGAGACUCCUGGCCUCCAUCCAUCUUUAAUGAAGAGCCUGGAGUUUGUCCUUAAAAACACCAAGGCUGGUAAAUACAUCAGACCUAGACACAGAAGCUGUGUUUGUUAGGGAUUGGGAGAGUGCGCACUGGCCAUCUAUACUGAAGAACCUCGAAUUUGGAAAUGGUUUCAUCAAAAAUAACCUAAAGCACGCAAAGCAAAUACUACAUUUCAGAAAUUUAAAAGCCCUGGAAAGGUAAUUUAGGAAUACAGCCCCAAAGGGUGUUUAGUCAGCCUUCAUCCAAGGCUUUCACGGUAUAAUACCUUUCCCAGAAUGAACUGUAAAUAGAAAAGAACAAGUUUCUGAUCCAUCAAAGCAUGCUAAUUUUAAGUAAAUAAUGAUUUAGUUAAGCACAUAGUUGGUAUUUAUGAAUUGUGGCAUGUUGUCUAUAACGGGGAUUUGCGUUUUCUGGUAGCUUUGGUGGCAAUGUGAAAGCUUGCCAUGAAAAUAUUUCCUGUGUUCUAUUUCUGGUAAAAAUGUCCCUUCACCUUGAUGGGUCUGGCUAUUCCUAAAGAAUAUUUUAUUCCUUUUACUCUUACCUUCCAGUUGUCCGUCAUCUGUGAUACACCCUCCAUUGUCCAAUUACUUAACUUAGAAGCCUAAGUUCUCCAUUUGCACCACCCAAGCAAGCUUAUACCACCUUUACCCUUCAUCCAAUUUUUUAAAUUAAGUAUGCAUACAAGAGCUGGGGCACAGGCCGGAUGUGUUGGGGGUGAGAGGUUCACCAGAGACAGUGGGGAACAGAACAGGCAGAUCCACUGAAGUACACUGCUGAGGGGAGCAGCAGGCGAGCCAGGAGGGGUGUGAUGUGCCAUGUGACUUGCUCCCUGGCUGGCGGGGGAUUGAACUUGUGCUGAAGUGGCUGCGGAUUGCUUCAUAGGCUGCGUCUUAAUCCCUGCGCCUCCAGGGAGGCCCCUUCAUCCAAUUUUUGAAAGGAAUUGUUUGCACUUUGUUUUCUAAAAAAGGAUCUUUGCUCAUUUACUGAAAUUUUCUUUUUUUACAGAUACCAACAAUGAUCAAGUGGAAUAUAUGUUCAGACUAGAUUAUCUUGUAAUAUGUUUUAUUGGAAAGAAGAUUGUAAAAGGGAAUCACCCUUGCCCAAGUGGUUAUCAACCAGUUGUUUUGAGUUAACAGGAGCAUUUACCUAGUUUGAGAAGUAUAUCUAGGAAAGACCACGUCAGCUUUUGAUGGAGGGCUGUUCUGCCAGGGGAAUGAUCAUAAGUUUAGUACUUCUGUCAAUCACUAUUAAUACCUGAUGAUUCUGCCACCCCCAAGACCUAGAAAUCAAGAGUACCAAUAUAUUUGUAGCUGUUAACGUGACAGCAUUGUAUUGGUUCUUAGUUUCUUUUACCUUCUCCUUGGUCAUCACCUACAUACAGAUGAUGUAUUCUCGCCUAUAUUAUGAAUUUAUUGCAGAAAUAAGUCCCUGCUUCACUCAUUUCUCACUUCUAAGUUAAUAUUAAGUAUACUCUAAUCUCAGUUACUAUUACACAUCCUCAAAAUGUUUAUAUGAGGCCUGUCUUAUAGAACUGAAGCCUUAUUAAUACAUUUCCAGCCAGAACUCAAACUAGUUAUCAGUCAGCACUUAGCCUCCUGUCAUGAUCUGUUCAACUGCUAGGCACAUUGAUGAAAAUACUGCCACUGAAGAUCUGUUAAUGAUCAGACAAUGCUGGAAUAUGAUUAGGAAUGAAUUAACUCAGCCAAAAGAAGCGCAAGAGGUAGGAUUUGGUGAAGCGAAUAGUGAGUGUUGGGGGGCUCAUUUAAAAGUUUGAAUUGUGCAGGCAAGUAGGCUUAUUGUGUGAGAGCUCUCCCUGCAAGGUAAGGAGUUAGAAUGUUAGAUAAUGAGGUGAUUGAAAGUUUUCUCAUUUCAGGAAUAGGGCUGGUGCAAGGCACAAUAAGAUUGUAUGGAUUCAGGUGGUUAGGCUAUCAGAAAAUGCUCAGUGGGAGGAGUGAGGGUCUACAUUGGAAUAUAUCGAAAUGGGAUGAACACAGAGCUGAUUACUUAAAACAUGGGUUAUAGUUUAAAAACAUGAGCAUGACAUUAGACUUCUCUUAACUGUUACUCAGGUUGGUCACUAGGUGGCAGCAGUUCAUCAGGAAGCAGGGUGACCUAGCUAAAAGAAUCCUGGAGAGUUUGGACUUGAUUUUACUGUGUGUUGUAAGUCCUGUAAUCCAGUUGUAAAUGAAAGUAAACAUUCUUUAGCAACAUUUUCAAGUUCUUUUCAGUGCCUAUGCCAGUAUUGACUAAUGGACUUGUAAACUAG